AUGUCAGACGAUAACGUUUACGAGUUCCACGAGAAUGAGCAAUCAACUUUCGACAUUCCGGAUGAUACUCAUACAGAGAAAGAACCUGAAGAAGAAGUAGUUGGGAAGGAAGAAGAGGACAAUGAAGAAUAUGACCCUUCAACUGUUGGAAAUGAUAAUGCUGACAGCGAUGAUCCUUAUUCAUCUGUUGAUGAGGAUGCUGAGGAAAAGAAAAUCCAAUCUCAAUCUAAUUCUCAAGAACCAAGUAAUGAAGCUUCAGAACCUGAAUCUGUAAAAGAAUCAUCUAAAGAAAACAUUGAAGAGAAAAAGGAACUUGAGGUCAACCAAGAUAAAGAAGAAACAAAGGAAGAAACAAAGGAAGAAACAAAGGAAGAAGAAAAAGAAGAAAAAGAAGAAGAAGAGGAUGAUGACGACUAUGAUCCUACUGCUGAAGUCUCAACAAAUGAAGAAGAGUCUAAAGCUCAACCUGUUAGCUCUGGAAUUUCUGCUACAGAAACUAAUCAACAAUCUGCUACUCCUACUACUCAAGCAACUUCACUGGCCUCCUCUUUGCCAUCUAACUCAAACACCAAUCCUGAUAUCCAACAAUCUGUUGCUAAAAUCAUGAGCUCUAAUGUACUCUCUGACCCUGAAUUUUUAAAACUAUCACCAACUGAACAACAACAGAGAAUCUUGACUUUAUUAGGAACUAAUAAUAAUACCCAAACUCAACAAACACAAUCAACAUCAUCAUAUUCAGCUCCUGCUCCUAAUUACACAGAUUUCAACUCUCAAACUUAUCCUAAAGAUCAUAGACCUGAUUUAAGUCUUCCUAUGACUAUCGAAGAAAUUUCAAAAUAUAAUGCUUUCAUUGAUGGAGAAGCUAAAUACUCUAGUACAAGACCUACUCCUGCUCCAAAUUCAAGACUUUUCGUUGGUAAUCUACCAGCAAAUGUUACUUCAAAACAAGACUUGUUUAGACUUUUCAACGGAUAUGGUCAUAUUUUACAAAUUUCUAUUAAAGGCUCUUAUUGUUUUAUUCAAUAUAGUGAUGCUGAAGCUGUGGAAAGGGCAAUCAAUGCUGAACGUGGCAUUCCAUUCAAUGGUAAAGAUUUAGUUUUGGAAAUUGCAAAAAAUUCAAGACCAGGUCAAGGUCAUCAACAAACUACUAAUGAUCGUUUAUAUAACAAUAACUUCCACAAUCAAGAUAGAAAAAGAGGUAGAGAAGAUCAUUUUGAGGGUUCUGAUGAUAGAAGUACCAGAAGAAGAAGAGGUGGUGCACUUGAAUGUCAAAUUUUUGUUAAAAGAACUGCUGAUCCUCAAUAUGCUAGAGAUGUUGCUCGUCAAUUUCAAUCUGCAGGUAUUGCAACUGAAUAUGAAUUUUUAAAACCUGGCCAAGAUUUAAGUAAAAAAAUCAAUGAUGUUGCAUAUAAUGGUAUCUUGAGUGUUGUUUUGAUCAAUAAGAAUAGAAACAGUGAUGUUCAAAUUUAUGAGAAAACUCCUGAUGGAAGUAUAAGAUAUGAUGAAUAUUUAAGUGUUAGCGCUGAAGAUGCCACCCAGUUAUUAUUAAGAGCUAAACAAAGCAGAUUCACCGGUGGUGGCCCAUCAGCUGCAGCUCCAAGAGGUGGUUAUAACUCUAAUUCAUAUGGUUCAAGAAAUAAUUUCUCACAACAAUUUGAACCUUCAUAUGGUCAACAAUCUAAUAACUUUUAUCAACCACCUGCUCAACAACAAGCACUUCCUCAACAACAACAAUUAUUGCAAUCAUUACAAAACUUACCACCAAGUGCUUUACAAAAUCUAUUGGCAAUGGCACAAGGUCAACAACCUGCUGCAAUUCCUCAGCAACAAUUUCAACAACCUUAUCAACAACCAUACCAGCCACAGCCAGCAGCAGGCUCUUAUGGAUCUCCUCAAGUUGAUUUAGCAUCCUUAUUGGGUAAAGUUCAAUCUCAAGCUCAACCUCAACAACAGUAUGGCAACCAAGGUUACAACCCAUUAGGUGGUAACGAUUCUUAUCAACCAACAAAUUAUCAACAGCCUCCUCCUCAACAAUCUCAACCUCAAAAUUCUGGAAGUAAUGUUCAAAGUUUACUUGAUACAUUGGCGAAACUUCAAAAAUGA